AACCAUCGACUCUCACGACUCUCCGAUAAUAUUUCUAAUCACAAUCGCGAAAUAAUUAUCUUCAAGUGUCAAAGUCGUUAUCAUCAAUCAUGGAUGCCGCGCAGAUAGAGGAGACGAAUCGUCUCCGUGUCUCUCUAGGCAUGAAGCCAUUACCCGUCCCCGGCGCAAGCGGACCUCAGUUCAAAGAGAAGGCGUCAACACCAGACGAAGAUGUUGGAAGCACCCUCGAAAGCCGAGAAGCUGUCGCCUACGACAACUACAAGAAGAUUCAAGAUGCCGAAAAAAACAAGAAAAAACGCGAAGCGAAGGCUGCUGCCAUCAAAAAGGCUCGCGACGCCGCGAAACGCAUCGAGGUUAUCGACGGGAAAGGAUUAGGCGAUGCUGACGAGGGCGAGCUCGAUACCAAGGGAUGGUUGAUUAGUCAGAAGAAGCGCCAAAAGCAAAUCGAAAAGGCGCGGAAAUUGGAGCAGGAACUAGCUGCAGCUGAAGCCGAGGCUGCGGCAGCGAUUCAAUACACGUCGAAGGAUCUUGCAGGUGUCAAAGUCGGCCAUGAGAUUGAAUCCUUCGAGGAUGGAGAGGAACAAAUCUUAACUCUGAAGGACUCCAAUAUUCUGGGAGACGAUGACGAGGAAGGCGACGAGCUCGAGAACAUCAAUCUCAGGGAACGAGAGAAGCUUGACAAGAAACUUGAGUCCAAAAAGAAGAAGCCCGUGUACGACCCCAAUGCGAUUGAUGAGACGGGGGAGCAAAGUCUACUUGGUCAGUACGACGAGGAAAUCGUUGGCAAGAAGGGUAAAAGAUUCACACUAGACGGGUUCGGAAAUACCAUACAGAAGAAUGACAUAGGCAGUCUGGAAGCGCAGAGUCGGCAACGGCAGAUGAUCAACCUUGAUUUUCUAAAGGAUGAUCAACAACCAGCUUCGGAUUAUAUGGAUAUCUCAGAAGUCAAAAUCAAGAAGCCCAAAAAGAAGAAGUCAAAAUCGACUAGACAACGGCCAGUAGAUGAAGAUGAUAUAUUUCCCUUACCAGAAGCAGACCAAGAUCAGUCAAUGGAUAUAGAUUCCGGCGCUGGUUUUAUCAACAGAAAGCGCAAAACCGACGAUGCGGCAUUCGUCGACGACGAAGAUCUUCAGGCUACUUUAGCUGCACAAAGGAGAGAUGCCUUGAAGAAGCGAAAGCGGAUGCGCCCAGAGGACAUAGCUAAGCAAUUAAGAGAAGAGGCACAAACACCAGACGAUAAUGAAGCGGAUGGUUCCCAAGAAGGUGGUCUCGUUCUGGACGAAAUUUCGGAGUUCGUUUCAGGUCUAAAGAAGGAAGAUAUCGAAGAUCGCAAACCUCGCAAACCAAAGUCACCCAAAGACGCACAAGUUACAGCUAUGGAGGAUGAGUCUGACGAAGACGAGCUCAUGAAAGAUGGAUACGAUAUCGAACAUGACAGAGUCAAGCGAGAAGAAUCAGCUCCCGCAGAGACGGCUAUCAUCGGCGUUGAUGAAGAGAAGAGUAUUGGAUCUGGUGUCGGUGCGGCACUGCAGCUUCUAAGGGAGCGUCAACUUCUGAAGGAUUCGGGCGCCGGUGAUCUCAACGAAACGCAACGCCAGCAGCAAAUAUUCAUCGCCGAGAAGAAACGAAAACUAGCAGACAUUGAACAGCAGGCCCGCGACCAGCGCGAAAGGGACCGCAACAGCGGGAGACUCGACAGGAUGUCAGUCCGAGAAAGAGAGGAAUGGGCGCGCCAACAGAACAACAUGCGCGACCAGCAGACGUCGCGACAGCUAGUCGAUCUCUUCAACAAAGGAUACAAACCCAACGUGGAGCUGAAGUAUCACGACGAGCUCGGCCGCUCUCUAGACCAGAAAGAGGCGUUCAAGCAUCUCAGCCACCAGUUCCACGGCAAAGGGAGCGGAAAAGGCAAGACCGACAAACGACUAAAGAAGAUCGAGGACGAAAAGCGACGCGAAUCCCAAAGCAUGCUGGAUGCCAGCCAGAACGUCGGUAUGAGCUCGGCAACCGCUCAGCAGACGAAGAAGCGGAAGGAGGCUGGUGUGCGACUUGCGUGAUCGAUCGACCGAUCACGCAGCAGAUUGAAUGCAUUGAAAAGGUGCUUAUCCCUUGUUUGCGCACGUUGAUUAGCUAGUAAUUUGAUGCUGACACUAG